AUGGCUUCCAAACUGCUUCUCCUCCUACUAUUAUUACUUCGCCACGUUGCACUGCAUGCCAGUGCAAGGAAGUUACCCGACAGAGACGACGAUGCCUCCUCGUUUCAGGACCAAAAAUGGUUCUUCUUCCAUCACUAUCCAAUAUAUCCCAAGUUCGGUGCAGGCGGCUUUGGAGGUGGAUUUGGCGGUGGCGGUGGCCUAAGUGGUGGUUUUGGUGGUGGUGGUGGUGGCGGUGGUGGAGGCCUAGGUGGUGGUUUUGGAGGUGGUGGAGGAGGUGGCAUGGGUGGCGGUGCUGUCAUAGAUGGUGGUUUUGGUGGAGGUGGUGGGUUCGGUGGUGGUGGUGGAGGUGGAGGUGGGUUUGGCGGUGGAGAGGGUUAUGGUGGAGGACUUGGACUUGGCGGUGGUGGCCUGGGAGGAGGAGGGGGUGGCGGCUUUGGUGGGGGAGGUGGGUUUAGUGGGUUAGGAGGCGGAUUUGGUGGUGGAUCCGGCGGAGGAUUUGGAGGUGGAAUUCCUUGA